AUGUCCUCAAAGACUACGGAGGUUGACGAGCGGAUCAAAGUGGAUCAAGCAAAAAAUCGGGUGAAAAAGGUGCGUUUAAUGUUUUGAUGUUUCUUCUCGACUUUAUUAGAGUGGUUUGCUCUUCUUUUGAUAAAAAAGACACUUAUCAAUCGCUGUUAUACGAGAUUAUUACAGCAAAUUACAAGCGGAUUAGUCCAAAGAUAUUUUUGACUGAUAAAAGAGGUUGAGGUUUUGAACUUUUACAGUUAUUCAUUUUAUGAAAUUUUUGAACAGUUUUUCGAAAAAAAUUGGGAUUAAGUAUCCCUACAAAAAUUAAUUUUCAAAUUUGAAUUUUUGGAUAAGAUAUCCGAUGAUUUUUUUUACCAGAACGGCUUUUUAAUCUAAAAAUGUAUAUGUGCGCCCAUCUGUAUCCGAAAAAGUCGUCAUAGAAAAAUAGAAAUUUUUUGUAACAUAGAAAUUUCUUUUUCUCAAAUUACCCGCUUCAGACAAUUGUAUCAGUGAUUGUAAUUGCCCUAGUGGCAAUUUCUUGGGCAUGCGCUACACAAUUCUCAAAGUCGGCCCUAACAAUCAACCGGCAUGACUUCUACGCCCCAUAUUCCAUGGUCUGGUUCAGCACGACGUUUAUGGCAAUUUGCUACCCUGUUUACGUUUUCUACGCUCUGGCUUUUACAGGCGCCACCCUGAAGGACACCAACAAGGAUGCCGCGCUCGUCUUCAGCAGAGAUACGGUAAGGAUCCGGUAAGCCUCAGCAACACUUCAUGCCCUCUCUAGAGACGUCCUCGUCAAAGUUGGACCAUUCUUGGUAAUGUGGGUGGCUGCUAAUUACAGUUAUUCCUAUGCUUUGGGGCACAUCUCUGCGUCGGCAGCCUCGUCAAUCAUGAGCUCAAAUACGGCGAUGGUCUGCUUUUUGGCAUAUUGUUUUUUGGGUUCGGUUCCGUCCAUCAUUAAGGUAGGCCUUUAAGAAUUUUGUUUUGCGACGUCACUAAUGGGUCAACAAUUUUCUUUAUGAUUUUUUUAUCAUUUGGCGUUUUCAGAUAGUCGGUGCGUUUUUGGCUAUUGCUGGCGUUGUCGUCAUUUCCUUAGACCAUGAAUUUGCCGGAAGCUGGCUCGGCGUGGUGCUGGUCGUCUUUUCGGCGCUUAGCGCGGCGUUUUACAAGGUGAUAAGAGCAUACAGUUUGGAAUAACAGUUUUAGGUGCUCUUCAAAAAAGUCAACGGAGAUGCGAACCUAGGACAAGUCUCGCUUUUCAUGAGUAUGCUCGGAGUGUUGGACUUGCUAAUAAAUAUAUGGCCGACAAUUGUCAUGGUUGUCACGGAUGCUGAUCACAUUAAAUUCUCGGCGGUUCCUUGGCUCCCAUUGAUCGGUGCCGGAUUGUUAAGCCUCAUCUUCAAUUUCCUCGUAAAUUUUGGAAUCGCCCUACUGAAUCCGCUGGUCAUCUCCGUGGGAAUGCUGUGUGGCAUCCCAGUGAGUGCCGGUAAGGAGUUAGUGCUAUUUACAUACGCUUCCUGGUUUCAGCAAUCGACAUCGUUGUCCGUGGAAUGCCCAUGACAUGGACGUUCGGUGUGAGCUCAAUGUUGUUCAUUGUGUCCUUCUUUUUGACCACCUUCCCGGUCGACGACUGGGUACUUUUUUGGAUAAAAAGUUCUCAGGUGGAAUUUACAGCUGCAUAA